UCGGUUAGACAAAGCCCGCCUCAGCCUCCUUUAUUUGGCUCGCAUCCAGUGGGAAUCCCACUGCGCUGGCCUCUGCGGCCGUAAAGCGCUGCGAGACUGGAAGCCCCUCCCCGUCACCCGGCUCCGCCCCGCCACCUGGCCUUGUCACGCCCCAGUGACGCAAUUCCGGCGCGCCCGCUUUGGUAUUGCCUACGGUCGCAGGGAUCUGACGACGCCUGGACGGCGGGAGUCCCAGUUGCGGCUCCCCGGGCCUGCGGGCCUGUCGGCUGGUCCGCGCUCGCGAGGCUGUGCGCAUUCCGUUGGCAGGCUGGUCCCCGCCCGCAGGCCCAAGGUCGAGUGCCAAGUGGCCGAGUGCCGGGUGGCCGCUGACGGCUGGGCGGGAGCACCCCGUGGCCCCUGGCCGCGAAGCCGGAGACGCAGAAGCGCAGCUCCGGAAUGUCGGGAGAUUAGGCCACCAGCCCCGCGGCUCCGGCCCCGCAACCGCUCCGGUCUUCCGGAGCGUGAGGUGCCCCCAGGGGCGAGGCUUACUGGUCGGAGGCCCAGGGCUGGAAGACUGAGCAUGGCCAGCAUCACCCAGCUGUUCGAUGACCUUUGCGAGACCCUCUUACCUGCUGCUCGGGCUCGUCCGGGCCAGCGCAGCGUGAGCAGGAAGAGGGCGAAGCUGGGCCUCAAGAGGGUGGCCUACGGUGCUCUUUUCACGAACCUUUUUCUAGAAGAGCCUCGUGAGCGGAAGCCCGACUUGCAGAAACUCCCGGUGAAGAACAAGGUCCUCAUGCUGUCCUUCGACUUGCGGGUGAGCGGCUUGGGCCCCGAGGCCGACCGUUUGGAGGAGCUGGUGGAGAAGCUGGAGGCAGCUCCCGGUCCGUUCGUGGAGGUGGGGUCGGUGCUGGACCUCUUGGUUCAGCUGGCGGGGAGCGGCCCCCCGCAAACGCUGCGGAGAAAACGGGACUACUUCUUUAACAACAAGCACGCAGGCAGAAACGUUCCCUACAGCGGUUAUGAUUGCGACGGCCUGAGUGUGUUUGAGAUGGACAUGCAGUGGCUAAUCUCCGGAGAGGAGUAUUUGUGUCAUAACACGAUCCAGGAAGCACUGCAGGUGAUGGAGGCUGCCCCGGGCACCGGCCUGCCCACUGUUGGGCAGUUCUCCACUAGUGACCCUUGUGACAGGUUUGUGAGAGACACCCGAGUCUCGCUCUUUGGUGGUCUUGUGCACUGUCGCACGUAUGAUAUGGAUGUGCGGUUGGAUCUGCCGCCAGUGCCAGACAGCGCAGACUUCUCCGGACUGGCCAUUACGGUCCCUCAGAGUAUAGAUCAGUGGGAAGAUGAAGGGUUCCAGUCAGCUUCCAAUUUAACUCCUGACUCCCAGUCUGAACCAAGCAUGACCCCAGAUUUGGACCUGUGGGAAGCUGCACUUACCUACGAAGCUAGCAAACGGAGGUGCUGGGAACACAUUGGUUGCCCCCCUGGACACCGAGAUGAGCCCUACCUCACUGAGGCAGGGAGGGAUGCCUUUGACAGGUUCUGCAGGCUCCGCCAUGGAGAGCUACAGGUGCUCAGUGAGGGCUUGCUGCAGGCCCCUAAGCCUCUGUUGGUAACAGAAAGCGAGCUGGUGAAAGACUCACUGAAUGUCCUGCUGGGAGUUGUUUCUGCCACAUUUUCCCUCUGUCAGCCAGCUCAAGCCUUUGUGGUGGAACGAGGUGUUCAUGUGUCUGGGGCAUCUCCCGAGAGUAUCAGCAGCAUCCUUUCAGAGGUAGCAGAGUAUGGAACCUACUACACACGCCUGAGCCACUUCUCUCUGCAGCCUGUUCUAGGCUCCAUGUGCAGCAGAGGCCUUGUGUUUCAGGCUUUCACAAGCGGCCUUAGGAGAUACUUGCAGUAUUACCGGGCCUGCGUUCUCUCCACUCCAGCUACCCUGAGUCUCCUUACCAUUGGAUUUCUCUUUAAGAAACUGGGCCGGCAGCUCAGGUACCUGGCUGAGCUCUGUGGUGUUGGCACUGUACCCCUGGCCAAUGGAGGCGAGCCCAGGGCUGUGUUCCCCACUGGAGUGAAGCUGCUGUCUUACCUCUACCAGGAGGCACUGGAUAACUGCAGUAAUGAGCACUAUCCUGUGCUGCUGUCCUUGCUGAAGACCAGCUGUGAGCCCUACACACAGUUCAUCCACGAUUGGGUGUACAGUGGAGUCUUCAGAGAUAUUUAUGGGGAGUUCAUGAUCCAAGUGAACCAUGAGUACCUCAGCUUCAGAGAUAAGUUUUACUGGACCCAUGGCUAUGUACUCAUUUCCAAGGAGGUGGAGGACUGUGUUCCUGUGUUCCUGAAGCACAUUGCCCAUGAUGUGUAUGUCUGUGGGAAGACCAUCAACCUGCUAAAGCUCUGCUGUCCCCGGCACUACCUUUGUUGGUCUGACAUCCCUGUCCCACGCAUCUCGGUGAUUUUCUCCCUUGAGGAAUUGAAAGAGAUUGAGAAAGACUGUGCCGUGUAUGUGGGGCGGAUGGAGAGAAUUGCCCGUCACAGCUCUAUCAGCAAAGAGGAGAAGGAAUUGCGUAUGGAAAUUGCAAAGCAAGAAUUAAUCAUCCAUGCCCGGGAAGCAGCAUCCAGGGUCUUGAGUGAGCUGAGUGACCGGCAGAUGUCAGAACAGAGGGCUGCGGACACCCGGAAGCGAGAGCAGUUUCAGCGCCUAAAGGAACAGUUUGUGAAGGAUCAGGAGCGACGCCUGGCGGCCAGACAGGAGGAGCUGGAUGAUGAUUUCAGUUAUGCCCGAGAGCUCCGAGACCGGGAAAAGAGGCUGAAGGCCCUGGAGGAGGAGUUGGAGAGGAAGGCCAGGCAGGCGCUGGUUGACCAUUAUAGCAAGUUGUCUGCAGAGGCAGCUCGUCGGGAGCAGAAGGCAUUGUGGAGAAUCCAAAGGCACCGGCUAGAAAGUGCACGGCUUUGUUUUCUCCUAGAAGACCAGAAGCGCAUUCAGGAGAUGCUGAGAGACAUGGAGACUUGCCAGCCCCAGGAACCAUCAAGUGUCCUGCCAAGCACAUGCUCCCAGAUCACAUCUUCAGGUCCUGAGCAAGCAGAUGAAGACUGUAGCAGUGAUCUGGGGUCCACAGAGCAACAUUGGGAUUGUCCAAACCCAUCAAAUACACCAACACCACAGGCCCUCACGUCUGCAGCAGAGGGAGCUGGGCCAUUCUCUGCUGGCUUGAGCAUCACGGAUUUCCUGCCCAUAGACCCUCGGGCUGAACAGCCUGUGGGUGCCAGUGGGACUCUGUGCUUAGAGGUGGCACUACAGACCAUCUGCUCAGACCUGCCUCCUGUGACCCCUGGGGUGGCUCUGAUAGAAGCUGACCCCCAGCCUAUUCAGCCAGAGUAUGAUUUCAAUACCAUCCUGAGGCCAGCUCCUUCACUAGGGCCCCUCCAGGAUGUCCAGGGCAGCUUGAGCACUGAAAAGCAGCAUCUAUUGGGGGACAUAGACAUGAAGCUGGGUGCCCAUGUUGCUCCUGAGGAAGGGAGCUGUUGGCAGGUGGGACAGCUCCUUGAACACCUGUCAGGGACUGCCAGCCUCAUAGAUAGUCAUGCUUCUGGAAUGGCUUCUUGCCAGCAACCAUGGAGCAUCUCCAGACAUGUCUCAGAUUCCAGCAUCAAGGUUGGGGAGAAUGUGUCAGACGUGGCUCCUUCUCGGCCACGGUGGAAUGUUCACGGACACGUGUCAGAUGCCAGCAUCAAGAUUGGGGAGAACGUGUCAGAUGUGGCUCCUUCUCGGCCACGGUGGAAUGUUCAUGGACACGUGUCAGAUGCCAGCAUCAAGGUUGGGGCGAAUGUGUCAGAUGUGGCUCCUACUCGGCCACGGUGGAAUGUUCAUGGACACGUGUCAGAUGCCAGCAUCAAGGUUGGGGCGAAUGUGUCAGAUGUGGCUCCUUCUCGGCCACGGUGGAAUGUUCACGGACACGUGUCAGAUGCCAGCAUCAAGAUUGGGGAGAACGUGUCAGAUGUGGCUCCUGCUCGGCCACGGUGGAAUGUUCACGGACACGUGUCAGAUGCCAGCAUCAAGGUUGGGGCGAAUGUGUCAGAUGUGCCUCCUUCUCGGCCACGAUGGAAUGUUCAUGGACAUGUGUCAGAUGCCAGCAUCAAGGUUGGGGCAAAUGUGUCGGGCAUGGCUCCUCAACCAUGUGGACAUACUUCUCAGUGUCCUAUGAUUCUGGAGGUGGAGCCUGACCUACCUACACCCCCCCAGAGCUCUCUUGACUCUGUAUCCCAGUCAAGCCUUAGCCUGGAAGCACAAAGUCCAGCCCUGGAAUAUGGGCCACAGCUGCCUGGAGAAAUGGAACCUACCAUUUGUUCCCCUAGCCCAAGCAGGAGAGAGGAAGGUAGCCUGCAGACCAAGAACCCUGUCGUGGCUGAGGCUAGCACUCUGGGAAAUGGCGUACCCAAAGAGACAGACCAAGAGAGGCGUGGUAACACUGAAGACCUCUCCCCACGUUGGCCUCCAAGCUCACAGGAAGGCACAGCUGCCCCAAACAGCCCAGGCCCUAUUGAGGAGGUGUCAGACACAGAGACUGAGGCCACACACUGGGGCAAGGAACAGGCCUACUUGGCAGACCUCACAAGGCUGUACCACCUGGAGCAGUACCCAGACAACUAUGAGUCCAUGUCAGAGCCUCCUGUUGCCCACUUGGUACACCACAUGCUUCCCCGGGCCUUUGCCUUCCCUGUGGACCCUCAGAUCCAGUCAGCAGUGGAUGAGACUGCGGUGCAGCUUAGUGAGCUGCUGACGCUGCCUGUGCUUAUGAAACGUUCCCUCACAGCACCUCUGGCUGCCCAUGUCUCCUUGGUGAACAAAGCCGCAGUUGACUACUUUUUCGUGGAGCUGCACCUGGAUGCACACUUUGAAGCACUGAGGCACUUCCUGCUGAUGGAAGAUGGCGAGUUUGCCCAGUCCCUUAGUGACUUGCUCUUCGAGAAGCUAGGGGCUGGGCAAACACCUGGGGAGCUGCUCAACCCACUGGUCCUCAACAGCAUCCUCAGUAAGGCGCUGCAAUACAGCCUCCAUGGGGACACUCCACAUGCUACCAACCUGUCCUUUGCCCUCAAGUACCUGCCUGAAGUGUUUGCCCCCAAUGCCCCAGAUGUGUUGAGCUGCCUGGAGCUCAGGUACAAGGUCGACUGGCCUCUCAACAUUGUCAUCACCGAGAGCUGCCUGAGCAAGUACAGUGGCAUCUUCUCCUUCCUGCUGCAGUUGAAGCUUAUGAUGUGGACACUCAAGGAUGUCUGCUUCCACCUCAAGCGCACAGCUCUGGUGAGCCACACAGCCGGCUCAGUGCAGUUCCGUCAGCUGCAGCUGUUUAAGCAUGAGAUGCAGCAUUUUGUGAAGGUCAUCCAGGGCUACAUCGCCAACCAGAUCCUCCAUGUCAGCUGGUGUGAGUUUAGGGCCCGGCUAGCUGUAGUGGGUGACCUGGAGGAGAUCCAACGGGCCCAUGCGGAUUACCUGCACAGGGCUGUUUUCAGAGGCCUACUGACAGAGAAGGCAGCACCCGUCAUGAACAUCAUCCACAGCAUCUUCAGCCUGGUGCUCAAAUUCCGCAGCCAGCUCAUCUCCCAGGCCUGGGGUCCAGCUAGUGGCCCCCAUGGAGCUGAGCACCCCAACUUUGCGCUCAUGCAGCAGUCCUACAGCACCUUCAAGUACUAUUCCCACUUCCUCUUCAAAGUGGUGACCAAGCUGGUGAAUCGUGGCUACCAGCCCCACCUGGAGGACUUCCUGCUUCGUAUCAACUUCAACAACUACUAUCAGGACUCCUGAGGGCAUUCAGGACCAUGCCGGGCUCUGGAACCACAUCCCAGCUUGACUUUCCCAGCAAGAACAGCCCCCUAGCACUCGUCCGCUCCCCAGUUCAGCCAACCACAGCUAUCUCAGAAGAUGGCCAUCACACCAAGGAGCCAGAAGAGAUGACUCUGGAUGCUGCUCAC